AAUUUUUAAAUUCAUAAUUAUCUCUUUCAACAAUAUUUCAAUUGAAAAAAGAAGAAGAGGAGGAAAAUGAAGUAUGAGCCCAGGUAAACUUGUAAUUAAUAUUAUUUAUUACCUUGGGAACCUUGCAAAGCCCCAAUAUUAUCAUUGAAAAAAUAAAUAAAGCUGAACUGAAAAACUUAGUCCAACAGCGAAGUGAGAGUCAAGUCUGAGACAACCUAAAAAAAUUCAAAGCUCUAUCUAUAUUCAUGAUACAAUAAAAAUGUCUUGUGGCAUUCGAGGAAACCAUCUUCAUAAUAAUAAUUCGAAAGUGACAGAAGUGGGGAAGGGUAGUAGGUUGCAGCUCAAUGGUUAUAGAAGAUCACCCCAGGAUUCCAGAAUUUCUUCUUUCAAUUUUAGGAACAUUGAUCAGAGGUGUGCCAUAUUGACAUUCCCAACACUUGAGUGUGAUGGGCAGUGGAGAAUUGUUGCAUUACCCUUGCAAUAUUUUGAUCACACUAACCGUUUCGGAACUGGAACUCAGGUGAACAUGAAUGGCCUCCAUCUCCUCUCCUCUCCCUCCAUUAAUACCUUCAAGCUUGAUGGUCACGACACUCAAAAAGGGCCUCAACCUGAUCACAUUCCUCAUGCUGCCAUGCCUUUUAGAACCAGAAGUUUGCCUGGUUCCAAUGUGCAACAACAAUUUCGAAACAAGCCCCUUCCCAAUAACACUACUCAAUUGUCCUACACUUCUUCCACUCAUAGUUCCAAUGAUUCCUCUGCCGUUACGUCCAAAGGAUCCAAUGCUACUAUGUUCAUUGAUUGUCCCGAGGAAGACAAGUCUGCCAAGAGAAAUUCGCAAAAGAAUGGAAGCAAGAAAGGGAAGCAUAAAAAGAAACAUUUGUGCGAUGUUGGCUCCAUGGAAUCAGAGGUUUGUGCGGAGUACACCUGUGGAAGUUCAACAUCGGAGAUCUGUGAGAGUAGCAGUGGUGUUGUUACAAGUUCUCAGUCACAAAAUAUAUGCAGAGGUGACAUUGAUGAAGUCGAAACAUCAGAGUCUAUUGCACCUUCUAAAGCUCACAAGUUUUCAGGGGAGCAUCAUGCGGAUAGCUACGAAAUUGGUAGCGAGGAUCAGCAGCUUUCUAGGUGUCAAGGAGAUAUAGAGAGGAGACAUCCUUCACAUCACAAGGUUUUCUCAGACAUGCAUGAUUCUCUAGUGUUGGACUCAAUUUCUGUUGGUUCAAACAGUGAAGAAGGGAUGAGUGGUGGUCAUAUUGUCAAUCCAUUUAAUGACUACAACCAUGAAAUCAGUCAAUUAGAGGUAUCAGGUUCAAGUACCAACAAGGGGUCUUUGUAUCGAGAAAACUCAUCGUGUAGCAUUUCAAGAACUUGUGAUUAUACUGAGGAAACCAAGCAUGGUAUGGCUCGGAAAAGCUUUGAUGGCCGAAAGGUUGCACCAAGCAAGAGGGAUAAGCAGUUUAAAUCUGUUCCUGGGAAACCUGGAAGCACAGGGAACUUGCACACUCGAACAGGAAUCGAGAACGGUUAUUCUGUUUGGCAAAGGGUUCAAAAGAACAGUGUAGAGAAAUGCAACACCGAGUUGAAGAAAACAAGCCCUGUCUGCUCACAGUUUGACGUUGCUCUAAAGGAUGCUCCAUUGCAGAAAAGAAAUUGUAAUAAUGCUUCCAGUCCAACAACCGUACCUAUUACCGAUGACAAAAGGAAGCUAAAGAAUAAGGUUCCUAAGAAGCUGAAGAGAAAAGUUAGUCCUUCUCCGAAACAAGAAAGCGGCAUUUAUUCCAGGAAAGAGUCUCUUCCCAACAAGGUAAACUUAAAUGCUUAUGCAAAGACUAGCAUCCCAAAUGGUGGAAUAUCUGAUGACUUGUCUUCGAUGGAUGACAAUGGAGUAAUUAAAAAUCAUUCAAGGUCUAGUUCUCAGCCUGGUUAUGCAAGGGUUGAUACCCUAAAAUCCGAAUCAGUUAGUGACUUUGAAGUUGGUCUAUGCAGCAUGGAACCAUGUGAAAAUGCCUGUGAUGCUACUUCUGGUUUCAAUAUUCAAGACAGCAUAGAGAAAAACUCGCAUGUCCCUUCAGACCAGUCAACUUUAGUUGAGGCGGAAACUCAGGUUUACCUCCCUCAUCUGAUGGUGAAUGGUGUUGCUCGAACAGAAAAAAGUUCUGUUGCUGAAAAUGGCAAGCAAAGUCAUACCUUGGGGUCUGUUCUCUGGAAAUGGAUACCUAUUGGGAUAAAGGAUUGUGGAUUUACAUCUUCUAGAUCUGCCAAUUCAUCAUUCGAACAUGGUAAUGGACUGGGACCAGAUGUAGAAGACAGAACUAGUAUGUAUAAUAGCUUUGAAGAGAAAUUUGCUCCAUGCUCUAAGAAUCUUUCUCCUUCAAUGAAUGUUGGAAGAAUGAGUAGCAGCAUUAGGAAUAAAACUAAAGAAGAAAAUUUAUCAGCAGGUGCAAAUGAUUUAAACAAGAUAGCAAAGGCAUUGAAUGAUGGUUAUAAGGCACAAAUGGCAUCUGAAGCUGUUCAGAUGACCAGUGGUGGCCCCAUUGCUGAGUUUGAAAGGCUUCUUCACUUUUGUUCUCCAGUGAUUUGCCAUUCAUACAGUUCAGUAAGGUGUCAACAUUGCUUACUAGACAAGGUUCCUAGUGCUCUAUUAUGCAGACAUGAGACACCAAACAUCCCAUUGGGAUGUCUAUGGACAUGGUAUGAGAAACAUGGAAGCUAUGGAUUAGAAAUAAAGGCAGAAGAUUACGAAAAUCCAAAGCGUUUGGGCAUCGAUCAGGUCGAAUUCCGUGCCUACUUUGUGCCUUUCUUGUCAGCAGUUCAACUCUUUAGGAACACUAAAACUUAUUCCACCCCUAGAGGUUCAGAGGCUUGUGAUACGGAUCCAAAUGAUCAGUCGCAAGUAUAUGAUAUGAAAUCUGUUGACAUGGAACUAGUUUUUGAAUAUUUUGAAUCCGAACAGCCUCAUCAAAGACGAGCAUUAUAUGAAACGAUACAACAACUGGUUAAUGAUGAUGUAUAUCCUCGAUGCAAAAUGUAUGGGGAUCCAGUUCAUCUCAACUCCAUAAACAUGCUUGAUUUGCAUCCUCAAUCUUGGUAUUCUGUUGCAUGGUAUCCUAUUUAUAGAAUUCCAGACGGAAAUUUUCGUGCUGCAUUUCUGACUUACCAUUCACUCAGCCAUUUCGUUCGUAGAAGUUCCAAGUUUGAUUAUGCUAGUACCGUGGAUGCAUGUAUUGUCUCUCCUGUUGUGGGUCUAAAGAGCUACAAUGCUCAGGGGGAAUGCUGGUUCCGACCGAGACACACUACAACGAACAUUAUGUAUGAAAACCUGGGCCUUAGCCCUUCUAGAAUACUGAAGGAGCGAUCAAGGACACUGGAGGAGACUGCAUCACUUAUGGCAAGGGCGGUUGUCAUCAAGGGAAACCGGACAUCAGUAAACAGACACCCUGAUUAUGAGUUCUUCGUGUCUAGGCAACGAUAGGUAACAUAUGUGGAACCACUGACCAAGUAAACUAUUUCAGCUUGAUAAAUAGUUCAGGUAGAAGCUAGCCUUAAUAGAGAGUUCAUUUUCAUAGUGUUGGUUGGCCUGUGAAUUGUUUUUUUUCUGUACAGUUGUUUGCAUGACUGAGUUCUUUUGUACUCCUUAAGGAAUAUUUACUUCUUUUUUUUCUUUUUUUUUUUUAAA